AGCAGAACAGACUCAAAUUUGAGCCCUACAUUUUAGCCCUUGGUUGCUGCACCAAGAAGUGCCUGCUAUGUUUGUCUCCUGGUAAUGCAGAUCUACAUUUAAGUAAUGAUGAGAGCGAUGUCCCUGUAGCUGAACGUGCUUUUGUUCCUGGUGCCCAAUGGAGCCAUCUCACAGGUGGCAUGUCGACAGGGGUGAUGGGCAUCCAGCGGAGCUGCAGGCAAAGGCUCGGGUGCUGGUGCCAGGCGGGAGUAGUUGGUCAAGAGCGGAAAACCAUGGCAGCAUCGGGCUUGAAAACCAGGUGAUAGAAACCUGCCCCCCAGUUCCUUGGGCCCACUAUAUGCAGACCCCACUCAACAAUGACAGCCCCCAGAACCAUAUGGAUAUAGAGGACAGGCCUUCCCACCCUGAGAUCUACAGCAUUGCCCUAUGGGGGCCAAAACUGCAUUCAGCACUGACCAGACACAGAGGGGGGCGGUCAAAUGCACAGGCCACACCUCCUACCUCCAAACAUCUGGGUCAGCCAGGAGAGGGAGACACAACAGAGGAAGGGUCCAUGGUGUUGAUUGAUGCCGAAGGAGUGCCCCACACAGUAUCACGGCAAGAGGUGGAGCUGGCUGGGCAGAUGCAAUCCUCGGAGCCUGAGUUGCUGGCGUCAGCCCCACCGCCACGGCAGCUGUACUUCUGCCCCAUUUGCCUACGGACGUUCCUGUACCAGUCAGACCUGGAGCGCCAUAGCAUCACCCACUCGGAGAGCAAGCCGUAUGUGUGCCGUGAGUGUGGCAAAGCUUUCAAACGUUCCUCGCACCUUCAGCGGCACAAGCACAUCCACACCGGCGAACGGCCCUUCAGCUGCCCGGUCUGCCGCAAGGGAUUCCGGGAAUCCGGAGAGCUUUUGCGCCACCAGCGCGUCCACACGGGGGAGAAGCCCUACCAGUGCCAGAUCUGCCGGUUGCGCUUCACGGAGCGCAACACCCUCCGCCGGCACGCCAAGCGCAAGCAUGCCCGCGAAACCUACUAUCAGCGCCCUGUCGAGGAGGGCGGUGGCAGUUGGACUACGGCGGGGGACUGGGAAUCAGAAGUGGUGGCGGGCAGUGGCGACUGGGGGACAGAGGAACUUGGGAGUGGCUGGACCAAUGAAUCUGUGGAGGACUGGGUCGGGGAUGGGAGCCACUGGGGAGAAGCUGCAGAAGGUGGGACAGGAAGCACUCCUGUAGCUGUGCCACGAAUACCAGAGAUGGAACUCAUCAAGGACAAAGACAAACCUGGGAUCCAACCCCCAUAAAUAUGUAAAAACUGGGGGAGGGGCACCAGGGACUAUGAAAUGAACUCUGCUCUGCAGCUAUCUAUACAGACUUAAACUUCUGUAAGUGCAUUGAGACUUUUCUUUUUCUCAAGCAAGGGCAUUGAGACUGAUAGGACUGCCUUCUAGAAUUGCUCUAGAAAGUUAUGGGCUUUGAAAUAUCAAUGGGUGGGCAUCGCCAAAGACUGGAGAAUGCUAUUGGUGUGGACAGGGAAUCAUGACUGUCCCCUUCUUCAAACAACUAUAUCACGAUAUCCAGAGCUGUUGAGGGAUUGGAGUAACAGCAUCAUGUGUUACACUCUGUAACGGAGCAGAGCAAAUGAAACUGGGAAAUUCGCUUUGUCUUUGUGGUUUCCCAGAGGAAUAGGUGCUGGGAGAUGUCUUUUCCUCUCUUAGUCGCUCCAAACAAAAUGAUGAUACAUGGUGGUCCUCUGUAAGAUUAUUUGCCUCUUUCUGAGUUGCUUUCUUUGCUCCUCCAUGCAUUGGAGAUUUUCAGUUUGCAAACAUUUCAGUGAAAUAACAUAUGCAAAAGACCAGUUGUCUCUUCCCCACCCCCUUCCUUUUCCCCUUCCUUCCUAGGAAGGGUGAGCUAAGAUCUGGAGAUACCCCGCCCCAGUCUAUAAUGCUUGUGCUUGUGUCUAGAGUUUGAGGGAAUGGAAAAAUUGUGUAUCUUUUGUGCCUGUGGAUGCUUCUUAAAAGGUGGGAGGCAAAAUCCUAAUGAGUAGGCAGAGAUUCAAUUUGGAUACAUGUCUGGGGGGAAGUGAAGGACUGAAAGGAAAUAGAAGCUGAAGGACAGCCUGCUUCUUGCCAUCCUUUCUUUGCUGUACAGACUUCUGUUUCUCCUUCUCAACAGCCAGGAACUGAGGUGAACUUAACACCUUAGUCCCAAGUACACAGACUUACAAGUAAAUUCCAUUUAAAUCAGUCAGAAUUACUUUUAAAUAAAUGUGCUUAGGGCUGAGGUGUUAGGCCAUCAUCUGAUCCAGAGUGCCACGUGAGACAAGAUCAUGGCAAAGAACGAGCAUGGCAGAUGUGCCAACACUACAGCUGCCACACCAGAUGUUCUGUCAUGGUUUCUCCCAAGAAAAUCUGGACACAUACUGUUUUGGGAAAAUUCUGUAAAUUCUGUUAGCCUAAUCCAUUCACAGAACUACAUUUCCCAGUAUUCCUUGCAGUUUAGAUGGGAACCAUGUCAGUUAAUCUCAUUUAUGUCUGCAGUGAAAGGCUGUCAUUAGCUGAAGGGUUCUCUGAAUUUGUAACAGUGAGCCUUCUCAAGCCGAGCAAGUAAUGGUGCAUUCCUCAGAGCCGCAGAAGUGGGAGGCAGAAGAUUUACGUGGUCUCAGAGCGGUCUCCUUGGGAAAGAACAUUGCUGUUUUGAAUGGCUGCUGCAGAUGCACAGUGAUUGUUGCUCUGAUUCCUGUCCUAAUUUGGGCUGGCCCUACUAUUAGACAGAGUGAAACAGCUGCCUCAGAUGGCAGAUGCUGAAGGACAGUGAGGUGUUGGUGGACAGAGCUGUGUGUGCCAUACAACCUGCCCUGCACCCUCUAAGCUAGCUUGCUGACUUCAGGUAGGGUGGAGGAUACUGUCCCAUCAACUGCCAGUCCAGUUAGCUUCUAUAGAUGAAAUGGGAGCAGGCAUCAUCUUGUCCUUUACCUGAAGCAGCAAAAUGUCAUGGGCUGGCCCUGGUCCCAAUCAAAAUAUAUUGGGAGGGAAGUGAAGGAGGGACUUGAGCUUUGCCAGCGCCUGUUUAAAGAGGUAUGUUUCACCUUCUGAAGGCUACUUCCCUAACCAAACACAAGACACCCCUUACAACGCAGGGCCCAUGAGAGGUAGAGUGCUUGUGUGGAUGCUCUGGAUGGAGAGAAAUCAGCAUUGUAAUUCUCCAUCUCUUUUCCAAAAAAAUGUUUAUGCUUUUGAUACAAGAAAUGGUUUGUCCAAAAAGGGCAAUUUCUGCAGAAUUGAGACCAUACUUGAAUAUAUUGUGACAAGAGUUCUAUAAUUAGUUUGCAUACACCUGACAUAAUGAAUAUGAUCUAUGUGUGGGUUGGAUGUGUUCUCCUGCUCUCUUUCUGCUGUUGCACUUGAUAGGAACUUCUCCCAGGUACAUGAUUGCACAACAAACAUCCAAUGACCUGUUUACAAGGUCACACCCUUGUACUCCAUGUUAGUCAGUGCAAAAAUGGCUAAUGUUCCCUUUCUUCCUUUCUCACAAUCCUCAUUGCAUGAUCUCAGUUUCAUCUAUGAUCAUGUUUUGAAUAUGCUCCUUAGUUGCAGUUUCUUUCCUAACCAAAGUUCUUGUCACAUAAAGAACAAGCAAUGUAGAAGCAUCUUGGAAACUGAAACUGUUUGUUGGCUACUCACUGUUGCAACCCACUAAUGCCCAGUGGCAGCCCACAUGGCUCUGCCACUAUCAAGUGGCUUUCUUCCGCAAAAAACUACUAUCCAUGGCUUACAACAGCUUAGAGACAAAACAAGAGCGAUGGUCCAAUCUGCUCACCACUAAUGACAUGGAACCAACUGCCUUAUGGAUUCACUUUCAAGUGGUUUGUCUGAAAUGGCAUCAGCCCAAGCUGACGCUAACGGAGAGCCUUAUGAACGUUUUCAUGGCAAGCAGGGUUGAUUGCACUCAUUCUGUGCUCCUGAAAAUGAUGUGGACCCCCACCCUUCUCAAUGGCAGACUGACUCAUUUAGGCUGCAUGGGAUAAGGAGGUAUGAAAGCAUUCAAAACCUCAUUUUUGUAGGAACUGCUGCUUGCACUUCCAAAGUUGCUCUUGGAGUCUGUUUCUUGUAUCAAAAGCCUAACAGGAAGUAGAGAAGGCUUGAAUGCAAGGUUGCCUUGUGUGUGUGUGUGUGUGUGUGUGUGUGUGUGUGUGUGUGUGUGUGUGUGUGUGUGUGUGAGUGAGAGAAGAAACAAGUGAAAAAGGGUGUGAAAGUGAGAGAGUGCCUUUGUUUAGUAGACUGAAACUAAACUCAGCAAUGUGAUAUCUACACACACACAAAGUCUCCCACCCCUAAUAUGUUAGUCAUAAGAGCUUGAAUCAUGCCUUUUUGAGUUUUAAAAGGGAAGCCAAGAUUUUAAGAGAUCUGCUUAUGUUAGCUAUCCUGUUAUCAAGGCCAUUUCUAUUCUUCUAGGUAGACAGCAGUAGAGAUGAGGAAGAAUGUGCAAACACCCCCUCUGGAAAAAUUCACUCCCUUCCUCCCUUCCACUGAUGGGAGUACUGUAGCUGACACUGGCAGGCAGCUCAAAUUGCAGCUGGUGAAUAAGCAAACAAACAUUUUCCCCUUCAACAGCUGCUAGCACCUACAAGGCAGAGCAUGCCCACUUCAAGCCCUCUCCCCAGCUGAUUUUCUCCCCCUAGAGCCACCAGAGAUGAAGACAGUGUGUUCCACUUCUGAAGCCUGACUAGCAUUGUAAAAUAUGGUGCCUUGCUGUCCAUCCAACGAUAUUGCCUCUCUUUCCAUCAAAGGCCCAAGGCCCUCCGUCCCUCCCUCUCUGCACAAACUACAUGUGAGUGGGAGGAAUGGAGCCAGGCUUUUGCCUUGAACUACCUCCAGGGCUGUCUUGUAUGCCCAGGCCUCCAAGUUAUCUUUGUUGCCAUGGAGACCACCUUGAGCGCACAGUUGGGUUGUUAUAAGCAGAAUCUUUGUUAAGAAGGGCCUCAAGGCCUUGGCUGUUGUCGUGAAGGCGGCAGAAGGAUUAAAUGAAAACACACUAUCACAUCACUGUUUUUAUUUUUAGCCAAAGGGAUAUGAACCUCUAAAAAUAAGGGAAACAAAAUUAUGGGAAUUGUGUUCUGGAAUUGUUUAAUACUCCAUUUAAGUGUGUGUGUGUUUUUUAGCAAGCUGCGUUUCCCCCCACCCCCCCCAUGUGAGAUGGCCCAACACAUUUGUUAAACAACUGGUCCAGUCUACCCCACAUUCUGAGUUAUGGCUGCUAGACUGGGUUCUUUUGGGUUUUGUUUCAGGGGAGUGAAUGCCACAUUUAAAGAUAGACAAAUGUCCCUGUGGUGCUCCUGCAAGGUUGGAACUGACACCACAAAGGCUUUUUCACUUGAAGCAGCAGGCUGGGAUGCUUACUGGAACAGCAGGCUGAAAGAGUAGUCUGCAGGAGGUUUGCUCACAAAGGAAAUACCCCAGCGUAUUAUAUGUUUCUUAAUGGCAUUGUGUUUGAGGCGAAGUGAUAUGAAAGUUCUGUCUCUGGUUCAUUCCCACAUGCACAGUGGUUGCUGCAGUCAUCAAAUGAUAAAUUUGCAUGUAUCAAGCAAACCUUCAAGAAACUGACUGAGCUGGAGGUGAGGU